GGGGACCCGCCGGGAUCCCGCUCCUUCGCCCACACCGAAGGGCGCAGCCGCGCUUCGCCGCAGCGGCUCCCGGCGCCCCGGGAACUGCUAUCAUGGACAGGACCGCCGUGGCCAAGAUGGGAGCUGUGGCGAGCGCCAGCGUGUGCGCGCUGGUGGGCGGGGUGGUGCUGGCGCAGUACAUCUUCACCAUGAAGAAGAAGACGGCCUGCAUGCAAGCCCUGCAUCUCUGGACUCUGCUUGCCACCUAUGCUGUUGCAGUAGGACAAAAUCAAGGACAGAAGAAUCAGGAGUGCCCUAAGCUCAACGCACAGAUGCCAGAAUUUCAGAAGAAGACUGUCCAUAUUAAGGACCCAGCAAGAGUAGAGGAGAUUAUUUGUGGCCUCAUCAAAGGUGGAGCUGCCAAACUUCAGAUUAUUACAGAUUUUGAUAUGACAUUAAGUAGAUUUUCCUACAAUGGAAAAAGAUGUCCAACUUGUCAUAACAUCAUUGAUAACUCUAAGAUCAUCACAGAUGAAUGUCGGAAAAAGUUAUUGCAGCUGAAAGAAACUUACUAUGCCAUUGAAAUUGAUCCAGCUCUCACCAUUGAAGAGAAAUACCCAUAUAUGGUAGAAUGGUACCAUAAAUCUCAUGCACUACUCAUUGAACAAGGCUUACAGAAGGACAAGUUUGCAGAAAUUGUAAGGGAAUCUGAUGUUAUGCUGAAAGAAGGGUAUGAGAACUUCUUUGAUAAGCUCAGUGAACAUAAUAUUCCUGUGUUCAUAUUUUCUGCUGGGAUUGGUGACAUUCUUGAAGAAGUAAUCCACCAGGCUGGGGUCUACCAUUCUAAUGUCAAAGUGGUUUCCAAUUUCAUGGAUUUUGAUGAAAAUGGAAUAUUAAAAGGAUUUAAAGGAGAAUUGAUUCAUGUUUACAACAAACAUGAUGGUGCCUUGAAGAACACAGAGUACUUCAAACAGCUAAAAGACAACAGCAAUAUCAUACUGCUGGGUGAUUCUCAAGGAGACUUGAGUAUGGCAGAUGGAGUAGCAAAUGUUGAGCACAUUCUUAAGAUUGGCUAUCUCAAUGAUAAAGUAGAUGAGCUUUUGGAAAAAUACAUGGACUCUUAUGAUAUUGUCUUGGUGAAAGAUGAAUCCCUGGAAGUUGCAAACUCCAUUCUACAGAAAAUCCUGUAAAUUGCAGUCUCAAGUCACUCCAUUCCUUCCAGGAGACAACUGGACAGAAGAGCACACAUGUGCUAUCUUAGAUGUGUUUAUUAUUCAUUUAUGGAACUGUUCGAUUUAAUUUAAAACUUUUAUCUUCAUUUUGGUAUUAUGGAAUAUAUAUUGUAUCAAUUAUCAACUACAAGCUCCUUUUACUGCUCUUACACUGUUCUUUAUUGUCUAACACUCCUGUUAUAACGAGAGCUAAAUUGGAUUUAUAGAUGUGAUAAACUGCUGCUGAUGGGAUACUGUGGUUCACUGUCCUUUUUAAUCGGGCAUUUCAGAGCAGCAUUUAGAAAACGUAGCUAUUUUGUAAAAUUGAAGGUGUAAAUGCUCUGUAAAGAGAGUGUGCGUUUGUUGCCUUUUCAAAGACAUUUCAGUCUCAGCUGUACUUUGAAGGAUCUUACUCACAUGCUACAUAAUUUCACACAAGUUUUUCAUACAUAUAUUUUUCAUCAGUAAAAAUGCUUUUAUUCACCCAAUUCAGACAAAGUGUUUCUUCUUCGAAUUUUUGCAUCAUUGCACAACAUUCUCUAUCCUUACUGUUUCUUUAUCCUCUGUGAAAUGGGAAGAAUGUUUUAAGUUAGUGUGUCUGAGAUAAAUUUUCUCAUGUUUGUAACAACAGAUAGUUUCACAAGCUGAUAGUCCACAGCCUGCCUACAAUGAGCAGAGGCAUCCUCAACUAGACCAGGCUGCUCAGAGCCCCAUCCAACCUGACCUUGUUUCCAAGGAUGGGGCAUCUACGACCUUUCUGGGCAACCUGUGCCAGUUUCACCAUCCUCACCACAAAAAAAAAUCUUCUGAAAGGUUUUCCCCUGUACAGAGCACAUUAUAGCACCUCUCAGCAUUGUGUCCAGAGUACAGCUUAAUACAGCCACAAUUUCAGAAGCUUGCUCAGAUAUGUGGCAGGAUGAGUUAAAGAUGAUGUUGUGACCCUGCUUCUGUGAGGUCUUGGCUGUACUAAAUGUAGUCAUUAAUAAAAGAGAGCAAAUCAUGCAA